AUGGCCUCAGCUAAAGAUACAAAAAGUGACUCUACUACUUCAAAUAAAUCUGAUUUAAAUGAAAUGCUUAAAUUAAAUGAGGAUGCUUUUGCUAAUUUGUUGAAACAACAAUUACCACCAGCACCUCGAAAUCAAUUUUAUGGUGAUGGACCUUUCACAGAGUAUAUGGAUAAGAAUGCUAUAUUUUUCUCACAAAUUGAAAAUCUUUCAGAAACUGAAAAAACUGCUCAUCUUCUUGGAUGUUUGGCUGAUAAUGUCUAUAAACUUCUUAAACUUUCAAGACCAAAUAUACCUUUGUCAAAAUGUAAUUAUUCAGAAUUGGUAGAUGACUUGAUGAAAUCUUAUGCUGAAACAAUAAAGUAUGCUCGUGAUUACACCAAAUUACUUUUAAUACAAGAUUGUUAUUGUAAUAUAAAUGACUUACAUAGAACGAAAAUUGCAGAAUGGAGAAAUCUUGAAGAAACAACAUCUCAAAAGAUUCCUGAUCUUGUAAAAAUACUUCUUAUUUUUGAUAAUUAUAAAGAACCAAUAAAACUAAUAGCAGAAAAAUACAUUCAAGAUCAUCAUAGUAAGUUAAAUUUGAAUGAUUUUUGUGCUUACAUGGAAUCUGAAUCAUUGUUUGUUCAAGAAAAUAGUUGUGGUGUUGGAGCUUUUAAAAAAGGAAGAUCAAGAAAAUAA